AUGUCAAUUUCUAAUGGUCACUGUAAUAAUUACUUAAAAAAAGAAAUCAAUGGUCUUAGAAAAUGGAAAGUAAAUGGUCAACAAACUAAUGGAAAAUCAAGUCAUAUACAAGAAAAUGAAAAACACAAUAUUAAUCAGGAUGGCAACUAUGAAAAUAGUUUACAGAAUGAAGAACAAAAUAAUCAAAUAAAAAAUAGUUGUAUAUUAAAUGAAAAUGGGAAUGGGACAAAAAAUGGUACUUUAAAAAUAGAAAAAUUGGAUGGUGAUAAUAACCAUAGUUAUAUGAAUGAUAAUGGUAAUAAUAAUGAGAAUUUUGUACCAAUAUGUAAACCUGGACGUUUCAUUUGUCGUGGAUUGUAUACAGAUAUACCACAUUUAUGCUCUGAAACUGGUUACUUAAUUUGGAUUGAACCAAAACAAACUAUGCGUGUUUUAUUUACUUAUGGAGAUACAAAUUGUGAUUUUCUAUGUUAUUUAGAACCAGAAGUUCCAGGUGUUGCAAUCAACUAUUUAGAGCCUAAUAGAAUAAAAUAUUUUCAAUAUUUUAAUGAAAAUGACUAUAGACCAAUACAAAUUCAUUCAGGAUUAGCUGCAUCAAUAAAUGGUUCCACUGGUACUAGAUAUUCAUGCAUUGGAACAUUGUUCAAUACAUUCUCUUAUGCAAUUGAUUCAGAAAAUGCUCAAUGUUUUAUUGAAUUAAAUGUUUUAAAUAAAAAACAAAUGAAUGAAUUAAUUGAACCAAUUUCGCGUCCAUUCAAAUUGAAUUUUCGUUUAGUUCUUUAA